AAUGUUCACGUAAAAUAACUAAAAAAAACUUUAUUAUAAUAAAUUAAAUAAGGCAAAAGCUGAUGAACGCUUCAGGACAUUAGAAAUAUUGAAUUAAAAUAAAAAUUAAUUACCUCGAUUAACGCAUAACUUUAAAAUGCAAACUAAAUUAUACUCGUACUAGUUUAGAAAAUAUUUUAAAUAUUUAUCUAAUAUCCAAAGAUGUCGCUGGCAAGAGCCUAAAUAUAAGAAAGUGUAUUUUUAAAAUUUUGAAAUACCCAUCAAAUCACACAUUCACAUUAGUGGUAUGUUGAGAGUGAGAGUUAGCUCAAGUGAUUCUGAAAUCGAUUCUCAUCACUCUCCUCUUUAAACACAAAAAAAAAAAUAUUAGUGGUAUGUUUGGAAAUCGGGUCAUCAAAUGUGAGGGUUGAAAAAACACAAGACUUCAGAUUUGUAAUUGGCCCAAAUUGUUGACAUUCAAAAAAAUAAAAGCCCAAAAGUUGAAAUUUAAAAAUUCCAAAAAAAAAAACUUUAAACAUAACUCCCGUAAUUUUCUCACAAUCUCACCGACAUUCCCUCUUUCUCUCUCCUCUUUCCCUUCUUUCCUUCCUUCCUGCAACCACUACUUACUACACUACUACCAGUCAUUCCAACUCAAACUAACAAUACCAAAAAUCAUGAAAACAGUUUCAAAAAAUUAUAAUUUAGUUCUCAUUUUAUUUAUAUUUGCAAUUAUACCCUUUACUUUCUCUGAAUUUACCUCUAAACAUUAUGUUGAUGCUCUUUCUAAGAGUCUUUUGUAUUUCGAAGCGCAACGUUCAGGGCAUUUGCCUUAUAAUCAAAGGGUAGUUUGGAGACAUCAUUCUGCUCUUCUUGAUGGGCUUGAACAAGAGAUUGAUUUGGUGGGAGGGUACUAUGAUGCCGGCGACAAUGUCAAAUUCGGGUUUCCGAUGGCGUUUACGGUGACAAUGCUGUCAUGGGGAGUCCUUGAGUAUGGAAAAGAGAUGAUGGAGGCCGGAGAAUAUGAUCAUGCACUUGAAGCAAUUAAAUGGGGCACAGAUUACUUAAUCAAAACUCAUCCUCAUCCAACUGUAUUAUGGGCUCAGGUAGGUGAUGGCAACUCCGAUCACUAUUGCUGGCAACGCCCGGAAGACAUGACAACCUCACGGCACGCUUAUAAGGUCGACGAAAACAAUCCGGGAUCAGAUGUUGCUGGUGAGACGGCCGCAGCAAUGGCAGCUGCAUCCUUGGUGUUUAGGACAACUGACCCACGUUACGCUAAUAUGCUCUUGGACCAUGCUCAACAAUUGUUUGAGUUUGGUGACAAAUAUAGAGGAAAAUAUGAUGAUAGCUUAAAAGAAGCAAAGGGUUAUUACCCUUCAUGGAGUGGGUACAAAGAUGAGUUAUUAUGGGCAGCUUUGUGGCUAUACAAAGCCAGUAAAAAGGCAAAUUAUUUGGACUAUGCAAUCAACAAUGCCGUCUCUUUUGGUGGAGUCACUUGGGCCAUCAAUGAAUUUAGUUGGGAUCUCAAGUAUGCUGGCCUUCAAAUUAUUGCUUCCAUGCUAUUAAGAGAAGAGAAGAAUGAUAAAAACAGGAAAAUACUAGAACAAUACAAAUCAAAAGCAGAACACUACAUUUGUGGUUGCCUCAACAAAAACAAAGCCAACAAUGUGAAACGCACCCCAGGGGGCUUACUGUACACCCGCAGAUGGAACAACUUACAGUACGUAUCAAACGCUGCGUUUUUACUUACAGUCUACUCUGAUUACCUUCAAACGACGAGUCAGACACUAAACUGUUCCUUAGGAGAAGCAAGCCCAAAAGAAAUCAUGGGCCAAGCCAAAUCACAGGUGGACUACAUAUUGGGCUCUAACCCAAUGGGCCUAAGCUAUUUGGUUGGGUUUGGGCCUAAAUACCCAUUAAGGGUCCAUCAUAGGGGUGCAUCAAUUCCAUCUUAUAAAAAAGUGAGGGAUUUUAUUGGGUGUACUGAGGGAUACAAUAAGUGGUAUGGACACCCAAAUCCAAACCCAAAUCUUUUGGUUGGGGCUGUUGUUGGUGGGCCCAAUGAUAAAGAUGAGUUUACUGAUAAGAGGAGUAAUUAUAUUCAGAUUGAAGCUUGUACAUAUAAUACUGCCCCAUUAGUUGGAGUUUUUGCUAGGUUGCAUAGUAUUAAGAAUAAUACCAUAUAUUGUUCUUCUAUUUAGAGUUCCUCAUUUUUAAGGAACUUGUUACUCAUAUUAGUUAUAUAUAUAUAUUGCAAUUUUGAAGCGUGACUAAGGUUAAGUCCGCUCUCUAAUUUCUUAC